ACAGAAAAUGCGGCGCCUGUUAUAUGCCCUCUUUAUAACAACCGUAAUACGCGUAAAAGCAAUUGACAUUUACACAGACGACGAUUUCCUUAAUGUUGAAGACGAGCCUUAUGAUAACACGAACAAUCUUUUAGACAUCGAAAAUGUGCAAAGUUCAAGAAACGCUCGUAUUCUCCGGCCGUAUCCUUUGGAUAAUAAGAGCGAAGUGGGCUCUGAAGAGCGUAAACCUUCAAACAAAAUAAACAGAGGAGCACGAUUUGCUCACUACUCGUAUCCUCAAAGCCCCAUCGUAGAUAUGAUGCUGCAAACAGUUGCUAAUAAUUAUUCGCCCACAAAUGCGAAUGAUCCAUUCGACUUUUUGCGUGAUUCGUACCCAUUGCCAAAAGGUUUUAGCAGCCAACUGGAUGAGUAUGACUACGUUAUAGUAGGAGCGAGUUCGGCUGGCUCGGUUCUGGCUGCCAGGCUUACAGAAGACAAGCCUAAAGCCACGGUACUUCUGUUAGAAGCGGGAAAACCUGAGAUGAUUCUAUCUGACAUCCCAGCUUUGACGCAUUACCUUCAGAACACAGAUUAUGUCUGGCCAUAUAGCAUGGAACAUCAAGCUGGUGUUUGCCUGGGAAGCGAGGAGCAACGGUGUUACAUACCUCGUGGCAAAGCUCUGGGCGGCAGCAGUGUUACUGAUUUCAUGUUUUAUUCUCGAGGUCGACCACAAGACUGGGACAAAAUUGCGGCAGAUGGAAAUUUUGGAUGGUCAUACAAUGAGGUGCUUGAAUACUUUAAAAAGUCAGAGCGAUCUGAGCUAAGAAAAUAUAAAAAUAUGCCAUACAGAGGGCGCGAUGGAGUUCUUACAGUUGAAAAUGUUCCUUUCAGGACCGGCCUAGUUGAAGCUUUUCUUACGGCAGGCAAAAUAAAUGGGUACCAAACUGUUGAUUAUGUUGCACCAGACCAACUUGGUUUUGGAUAUGUACAAACUAUAACAAAUAGAGGUCAUCGUCUCAGUGCAGCUAAAGCAUUCUUACAUCCCCAUAAACGUCGUAAGAAUCUCCACAUUUUAACAGAUGCUAGAGCCACAAAAGUCGUCAUUGAACCUCAAACGAAGAGGGCGUAUGCUGUGGAAUAUAUUAAAAAUAAUAUCAAGCGCACCGUCCGCUGUCGCAGGGAGAUUAUUCUUUCAGCGGGUCCUAUUGGUUCCCCUCAAUUACUUAUGUUAUCAGGAAUUGGACCCCAAGAACAUUUACAAACCUUGGGUAUUCCGGUCUUGUCAAACAAAAAAGUAGGUAGAACAAUGUACGACCAUAUUGGUUUCCCCGGAGUUGUGUUCAAACUUGGCAGUACAAAUGCUAGUUUACUUGAACCUAAAGUAGCAACUCUCCCUAACUUAAUGCAAUGGUUACAAUUUGGUGAUGGUCUUUUAACUACUCCUGGCGGUGUGGAGGCCUUGGGUUACAUAAAAACUUCUGUAUCUGAGAGAUCUGAUCUCACACCCGAUAUCGAGUUAAUCGAUAUGGGUGGGUCUCUUACUUUAGACUCUGGUGCUGCUAUUCGUAAGAGUUGGAAAAUAACGGAUAAAACCUAUCAAAACGCAUUUGGUUCACUUCAUGCCGUCGAUACUUGGCAAGCAAUACCCGUUUUGUUACAUCCCAAAUCAAAGGGACGUUUGGAGCUUCGUGAUAGCAGCCCAUUUUCAUAUCCAAAGGUAUAUGGAAAUUAUUUAACGGAUCAAAGAGAUAUGGUAGCUCUUAAAGAAGCUAUUAAAAUAGUGAUCAAUCUGGGAGAGUCAGAACCCUUUAGAAAAUAUGCGGCAACGUUACAUUUACCGCAAUAUCCUACGUGUACGUCAUAUCCUCUGGGAUCCGAACCAUACUGGGAUUGUGCGAUAAGAACCAUGGUCGUAUCUAUGCGACGUCAAGUAGGAACUUGUAAAAUGGGACCACAGAAUGAUCCCGAUGCAGUUGUUGACCCAGAAUUAAAAGUAUACGGUGUUGACGGCCUGCGUGUUGCCGACAUUAGUGUUCUGCCAAGAACGAUUAGUGGACACACUAUUGCGCCAGAAAUUAUGAUAGGUGAAAAGGCUGCUGAUAUGAUACGGAAAACUUGGUCAAAUUUGGUAGUUUAAAAAUUAUAGGUUAAUUAUUUAUUUUA